AUGAUGUAUCAGGCCGUUCCCACGGCGACAACCUCUCGCGGUGGAGAUCCAACAGAGAGUGGUGAUUACGUAGUGACUUUGGAUCAGAUUCCGAGAUGGAGUGAUGUUGAGCAGAGGUCGUCUCUUGAGAACGAAACAGGAGAUCAAGCGCAUUCUAAUCCGCGCUACGCAAACCCUUUGGCUUCGUCUUCUGAAGCAGGAAGCAGCGGAAAUGGGAUGGUGUCUAAGUUUCCUGUUGAUCAUGAGAUUAACUCUAAGAUAUACCUGUGGAGAGGUGAACCGUGGAACCUUGAGGUCGAUGCUGUUGUGAAUUCGACUAAUGAGAACUUAGAUGAGGCGCAUAGCAGUCCUGGUCUACAUGUUGCUGCAGGACCUGGGCUUGCAGAACAGUGUGCUACAUUGGGUGGAUGCAGGACGGGGAUGGCAAAAGUAACAAAUGCAUAUGAUCUUCCAGCGAGGAGGGUUAUCCAUACAGUAGGACCCAAGUAUGCAGUAAAGUAUCACACAGCUGCUGAGAAUGCUCUAAGUCACUGCUAUAGAUCUUGUCUGGAGCUUCUCAUAGACAAUGGGCUUGAAAGUAUCGCCAUGGAUUGUAUAUACACAGACGCCAAAAAUUAUCCCAGAGAACCAGCUGCUCAUGUUGCCAUUAGAACUGUACGCCGCUUUCUGGAGAAGCAAAAGGAUAAACUCAGUGCUGUCGUUUUCUGUACCACCACAUCCUCUGAUACGGAGAUAUACAAAAGAUUACUUCCACUUUACUUUCCUCGAGACGAACAUGAGGAAGAGGUUGCCAUUUCAAAGCUUCCUGCUGAUGUUGGAGAUGAGAAUGGUGAAACAGUUAUAGACGAACGUAAAAUCAGAAUACAGGCACUGCCAAAUAAACCUCCAGCAAGAUCUUUUCCAGCUCUAGUCGAACGCCCUAACAAUGAUCUUGCUUUGGUACGAAGGAACUCGAAUCAUCUUGAUUCAUAUCUGGAUCCAGCCUUCAUGUCUUUGAUCAAAGAUCCAGAUGAAAGGCGCAAAGAACAAUGGGAGAAAACUGCACAAGCACAGAGUGGAUUCAAUUUUGUUAAAUUGCUAGGAUUUGGUGAUCUUGGGGGACCUCCUCUCUCUGCUGCAGAGGAAUACUCGCUCCAUUCGCGAUACUUAGCUAAAGCUAAUUCUCUCAACCUUUCGGAAAUCGCAGAGAUGAAAAUUGUCUACCGUGGUGGUGUUGACACAGAGGGUCAUCCUGUAAUGGUGGUUGUAGGAGCUCACUUUUUGCUGCGGUGUCUUGAUCUGGAGCGUUUUGUGCUUUAUGUUAUAAAGGAAUUUGAACCUGUGAUACAAAAGCCUUACUCGAUUGUCUAUUUCCAUUCUGCGGCAUCUUUACAAGUCCAACCAGACUUGGGAUGGAUGAAAAGAUUACAACAGAUACUUGGUCGCAAACACCAGCGUAACCUUCAGGCAAUAUAUGUUCUUCAUCCAACUUUCCAAUUGAAGGCUACAGUCUUAGCUAUGCAAUUGUUCGUAGAUAAUGUGGUCUGGAAGAAAGUUGUAUAUGCGGACAGACUUCUGCAGUUGUUCAAAUAUGUUCCUCGCGAGCAGCUAACAAUCCCAGACUUUGUUUUCCAGCAUGAUCUUGAAGUUAACGGAGGAAAAGGUCUAAUCGUUGACCCAAGAACAAAAUACGUCUAUCAACGGCCAUGA